UGGCCAUGUGAACACAACUGGAGGACUCCAGAUCAACGGGCAGCUGAGAUCAGCAGAAUAUCUUCACCACUGCUCAAAGACUAAAGACUCGAUUAUAUUUCUAUGACAUUCAAAUUAUUAGAAAUAUCUGGAUUUCUCUGAAGAAACAGGCCAGACCGGUUGACAGCAUAGUUUUUUUUAAAGAAAAAAAAGGCGGUUAUAUCAGUUCAGAGAGAGAAACAGUAGUUGUGUAGUUGAAACAAAUUGGUUUUAAAGCUUUUUUGUAGAUACAGUGGAGUUUGUGUGGGUCCAUCCCUGGCCGCGGUGCAGGACAACAGGACGCUCCAGGACUCCGCUCAGACGUCAUCGCAUUUCUUUGGUGAAUUACUCACGCUUUCCUCCCCGGAGCACCGCCGGUAACAACAAGCCGGUGUCGGAACAUGCUCCAAAAUGGAAACGAAGAGGAGAAGCCAGUGGAAGCGCCAAAGGCUGAGGCAGAGCAGGACUCCCUCGCCUUUCCCCCCGACGCUGAGUCCACUCACUUCCCCAUGCCCGUUCACCCCAAAGUGGACAUAAAGCGGCACGCGGUGACAGACGAUUAUAAAAUCUCCACUCAGGUUCUGGGAUUAGGAAUCAAUGGAAAAGUCCUUCAGUGUUUCAACAAGAAGACGGGAGAGAAGUGCGCAUUGAAGAUCCUGUACGACAGCCCCAAAGCCAGACGAGAGGUGGAGCUCCACUGGAGGGUGUCCGGAGGGCCGUACAUCGUCCGUAUCCUCAGCCUGUAUGAGAACAUGCAUCAUGGGAAGAAGUGCCUGCUCAUCAUCAUGGAGUGUAUGGAGGGAGGAGAGCUGUUCAACAGAAUCCAGGCCAGAGGAGACCAGGCCUUCACUGAGAAAGAGGCUUCUGAGAUUAUGAGGGACAUCGGCACGGCCAUUGAAUAUCUUCACAGCAUUGAGAUCGCACACAGAGACAUCAAGCCAGAGAACCUGCUGUACACCAAUAAAAAUAAAAAGGGGAUCCUCAAGUUAACAGACUUUGGAUUUGCUAAGGAGACGACGCUACACAACCCCCUACAGACCCCCUGUUACACGCCCUACUAUGUGGCUCCUGAGGUUUUGGGUCCGGAGAAAUAUGACAAGUCAUGUGACAUGUGGUCUGUGGGCGUCAUCAUGUACAUCCUGUUGUGUGGCUUCCCUCCAUUUUACUCCAACACAGGCCAGGCCAUCUCUCCAGGGAUGAAAAAGAGGAUCAGGAUGGGGCAGUACGAGUUCCCCAACCCAGAGUGGGCCGAGGUGUCCCAGGAAGCCAAAGAUUUGAUACAGAAGCUUCUGAAGACAGACCCCAACGAGCGAAUGACCAUCACUCAGUUCAUGAACCACCCCUGGAUUAAUAAGUCCAUGGUGGUGCCCUCCACCCCCCUCCACACCACCCGGGUGCUGACUGAAGACAGAGAGCUGUGGGAGGAUGUGAAGGAAGAGAUGACCAGCGCUUUAGCCACCAUGCGCGUGGACUACGACCAGGUGAAGAUCAAAGACCUGGACACCUCCAGCAACCCGCUGCUCAACAAGAGACGCAAGAAGGCCGCCGCUGGAGCCAAAGGCGGGUCCACGGUGUGCCAGAGUCAGUGACUCUGAGGACUGUCCGGGCGAGACAGGAAGUGAAGACGAGAAGCAGCUCAGAGGAAGAGGAGAGGUGGAUUUUUGCAGGAGAAAAUCAUUUGAAGUCAGGGACUCUUGAGAGACUGGAUGAUGAGAAAAGGUUCUCUAAAAUAAGGGGAAACAUAGGAACAAGUCAGAGCUGGACAUUAAUAAGACAUAUCAGUUUGUGAUUAUAAGACGUGUUUCUAUUGUCAGUGGAAGAAAUCAACAGCUCUGCUCACUGUGGUUCUUUCUGUUUCAUUUUUAUGUACGUGGUUUUUAGACUGUUUGUAAGUCUGUGUGCAGACAUGAGUAUUUGUAGUGACCGUGUUUUGUGUCUUUGAAUGCUUUGUUGCCUAUUUGAGGUCUCCUUUGUAAUCAUGCACUAGUGUACAAACCAAACACAGACAGACAAAGCGAGUGUGGACAGACUGAAACCAGAACUCACUUUACAUGCACUGUGGCCAGUUUCUCUUCUGCUGACGAAAAAAAGCAACGUCUCCAUUCAUUUAAACUUAAGAGAGUAUUUUUGGAUGCAAGCGGUUCAUUUUACUCAUCACAUUACAUGACAUUUAUUAUGACGCUUUUAUCCAAAGCCACUUACAAAAAGUGCAAUUAAUCAUAAGGAUACAAAUUCAGAACAGCAAGAAUCCUGUGAGUACAUUAACUUCAAAUAGGCUAAACCAUUUAAAAUUCUACAAACACUUUACAAAGAUUGUAUUUAUCAAGGUGCAGUUGACCUAUGUCCGUUUUCAGUAGUCUUUAAACCAAUUUGGAGCCAGGAUACUAAAAACUAAACUUGCUUUACCCUGGUCCGACUCAGCGUCACUGCUGUGGAUCACCAUUGUGUCCCCACUAAUGGAGCAAUAAGUAAACAACCUGUCUGCUUCCUGUCCGCAUGCGGCCACAGAGCCUAAUGCAAGCAGCAGUGGGGUAAUGGAUUGUAACAUGUAGGAGUUGUGUCAUUUUCUCUUGAGAAAGGUCUUAUGAGGGAUGAGUAAAUGCGUCCAUGUAUUACAGUUUCACUUCACAUUGAACCCCCCCCUGUAGAGAUAUGAUUUGUCCACACUGUUGUAAAUAAAACUUUAUAAAGUAAA